ACUUUUACUAAAGCUGCCCAAGAUGUACAAUGAAGUAGCAGUGCAACACCGCAACACCAACGACACGCUUAGCUUCCAAGAAAUAUAAAAAAGACCGAGAGUGAAGAGAAAUGAAAGGUAAGGCAUCUCCUGAUCUCUGAAUCUGAAGAGCUUGUUUGAAGAGAGACAACGGAAAGGAAGUCAACAAUUUCCGAUCAAAGCUGCAUUUUUUGAUACCUUGUGAGCUCUCUUUUGCUUCUUCCAUCCACGUCCAUUCAGGUUAUAUAUAAUCCUUCUCUUUUCUCUUCCGCUCGCUUGAUUUUUACUGUUCUGCUAUUUUCCCCAGACGAAAAAUCUGCAAAAGAUUUGCUCUUUUCUUUUUCUAGCUAGCUUACUGUCGUAGAUCUGACAAAGCUCGAACCUUUAACUAUUCGCGGUUGGACUUGAAAUUUGAUCUGUUGGUGAAAGUCUUCGUUUAUAUUAUUCAAUUUUUUUUUUAUUAAGUAAACGACAUAUUUCUUUUAUUCUUUUUAAUUCCAAAAGCCAAGUCUUUGUUCUUUCUUUCAUCAGUUCAUGUUAAUCACUCCCCAUUGUAUUGGCAUACAUAGAACAUGCAUUAUUAUUAUAGCAAUUUCGUUUAUAUAUAGUGAUUUCAUCUUCAUUGUUUCAUUUUCACUCCUUACUUCUAAUUAUAUUUCUGCUCAGUUUCGGUUUUUAUUUUUGGUUUGAAUUUUGAAAGCUGGAGGGGUUGAUUCUUUCAUUCUUGAACAAAUUGUUAAGUGUGUAGAGUAAAAUAAAAUUUAAUAUAGUUGAUAGAAAUAUUUGUGCGCCUUAUCAAAUGAGAAUUGGUAGGACGCCCUGUUUAUGAAAUAGAAUAUGACAUAAUAUGAUUUUAUUUCUUACUAAGAUCCAUGUCUCAACCAAAGAUAAGAUAUUUAUUAAUGAUCUAAAACAAUUAAUUCUAAUUAUAUAUCUUAAAUCUAAAUCUCAAAUAGUCUGUUUGGAUUUAGGAUUGAUCCCUUCACGGGUGGAUAAAAGUAGCUAACACGAACAAUAUAGUAUAAGCUCUUGAGAAGGCAAAGCCAACAAACCAGGGUCUAGUAUCACGUUGAAGAAAGAAAUUGCUAACCAUGAUUGCCGCAAUUGGUUCGGUGCUGUUGGCCGCAGCAAUGUAUAAAGCUUUCAGAAUCUCUCCUCGUUGUAAAGAUGAUGUUGAUUCAACUUCCACGGCUUCUUCUCAUGUGGAUAUUUCUACUCCUACAACUAAGUAUGAUGUAUUCCUUAGUUUUAGAGGGGAAGACACUCGUAACAAUUUUGCGCUAUCUAUACAAAGAACUUCACUAUGUAGGCAUUCACGCUUUUAUGGAUCACAAACUUCGAAAAGGAGAACAGAUCGCACCGAUUCUUUUGAAAAUAAUAGAGGAAUCAAAAAUUUCUGUGAUUAUUUUCUCUAAGGAUUAUGCUUCUUCAACAUGGUGUAUGGAUGAGCUUGUUCACAUCUUAGAAUGCAAGGAUAAACAUGGAAGGAUUGUCAUCCCUAUUUUCUACAAUGUAGAUCCAUCAAAUAUUCGCAAACAAAAUGGGAGUUUUGGAUAUGGAUUUGCUAAACUUAAGCGGAGGUUUAAACACAAUCAAGAAAAAUUGCAAAAAUGGAGAGAUGCUUUGGACCAAUCGGCAAGUCUCUCUGGAUGGGAUUCCAAUAGUACCAAUAGUAUCAGACCGGAAUCCAAACUUGUUGAAGAGAUUGUCAAAGACAUUUUGAGCAAGUUAAACUAUGAGCCAUCGCCUCAUCUUGAAGGACUUGUUGGCAUUGCUCGUGAUAUUGAAAAUAUUGAGAAACUUCUAGAUGAGGCCCCCAUUGUUGGAAUUUGGGGUAUGGGCGGUGCUGGUAAGACCACAAUUGCUAAAGCUAUAUUUGAAAAGCUGAAAGUUCAAUUUGAUGCUUUCUCCUUUAUUGAAAAUGUGAAAGAGCAAUUAGCAAGAAUUAGAAUGGAUGAGUUGCAGAAAAAUUGCCUUGUAGAAUUAUUAAAAGAUGAGGACAUUAACAUCUAUGACAUAAAAUCCCCUUUUGUGAGAAACAGGCUUAAACACAAAAAAAUCCUUCUCAUACUUGAUGAUGUGGACAAUUCAAUAAUUGCUGAAGAUUUAACUAGAGUGUCUAAUUGGCUUGGAGAAGGAAGUAGAAUUAUCAUCACUUCAAGAGACAUGCAAGUGCUUAAAAAUGCUUCAGCAAAAGCAUAUCAUAUUCCGAGUUUGGAUUUCAAUGAUGCCUUUCAUCUCUUCAGUUUGAGAGCAUUCAAGCAAAAUGAGCCAUCUAGAGGUUAUAUGAAAUUAUCAAAGUCAGUAGUGAGUUAUUGUCAAGGAAAUCCAUUAGCCUUGGUAGUAUUGGGUUGCUUUCUUCACGGUAGAGGAAAAGAAGAGUGGGCAAGUGCUUUGGAUAAACUGAAUCAAGAUCCACCCAAGCACAUUGUCGAUGUUCUCAAAGUGACUUUUGAUGGAUUGGAUGACAAACAACAGAACGUGUUUCUUGAGAUAUCAUUUUUAGUUAUGGAAGGAGUUAAGAUUUCUUUGAACACAAUAAGGCAAAUACAUGGCUCUUCUGCAGAUAUUGAUACAAGUGUUCUUAGAGAGAGAUCCCUCAUUUCAUUUGAUCACGAUGGCUAUAUUAACAUGCAUGAUCUUGUGAGGGAAAUGGGCCUUCAAAUUGCAAGACAACAGUUAUUUUCUGAUCCUAAACGCCCUGUUCGACUAUGGAGGCCUGAGGACAUUGAUGAUUUUUUCAUGAGUAACAGGGGGGAGGAGGCAAUUCGAUGCCUAUCGGUGGACAUGAGCAAGAUAAAAAGGAAGACAUUGAAGUCUAUUAAAUUGCAAAACAUGGAUAACUUAAUAUACCUUAAUAUUUACAAGUCCGAUUGGAGGAAGACUUUAGAGAUCAUGAAUAUUGGCCAAGAUGUGGAUUAUCUUUCGAAGGAACUAAGGUUUCUUAGUUGGAAACAUUGUCCUCUAUCAUAUGUGCCAUUAAACUUGUGUGCGGAGAAUCUUGUUGAAUUUCAAAUGCUUGAAAGUGAUAUCCAACAGCUUUGGAAUGGAGAUGUGCAUUUUCCAAAUUUAAAGGGGAUCCAAAUAAGUGGCUCGAGAUAUCUCACGGCACUCCCUGAUCUAGCUCAAGCCCCAAAUAUUGAAUGGUUAAGUGGUGAUGGCUGUGAAUGUUUGGAUCAAAUCCAUUCUUCAACCGUCUUGCCCAAGCUUACUAAUUUAGUACUAUCUAUUAGGGGGGGAAAGCAGAUAAAGAUGGGUGACACUAUGAAAGGUAGAAAUUCAGGGUUGGUGUGUGUUGGCAAUUAUUUGAACCUUCGCGAGUUGUCAUUCAAUAAAGUAAUGAUGAAGGUGUUGGCAUGUGAAGAGGGUAGGAUUAUCUGUGGUGUUGAAUACAAGCACGUGGUAAUGCCAUUGGAGAACAGGGAAAUGGAAGAGCUAAAAAUGGGGGCACAAAGGUUGGCAUGUUUACUUCCAUUUGUUAGGAAAGUUGAGUGGUCAAAGGGUCCAAUUGAGUUUGGGGGCUUCAACCAUCAUUAUACCUCUGACUUCUGUUUCAACCACAAGUGGUCUUUUGAUUUUUCAGUUGAUGUGAGGGUGAGGAGACAUGAAGGAGAUAAAAGCAUGAGAAGACAAGUGGUUAAUCAUAAUCAUAAUCAUAAUGAUAAGGAAGUUGAACAAGAGGAUGAGUUGAUGCUGCAAACAAAUAACAUUGAAAUGCCACUAAUCAGACUUCUCAGUGGCAUUACUCGUUGGUCACUACUGACACACUUGGAAUUAAAGGAGAGUGAAGUUAUUGGCAAUGCAGGAGGUAGCAACAUUCCGCAAGUUUCAAUUUUGAGAUCACUUUCACUCUCUCAGUUUCACAAAAGGACUCCACCUCUCUUGGAUCUAUCUCUCUCUCUUUGCAUUCCAUCAUUCACUUACCCUAAUCGUUCUUUCACCUUCUGCUAUUCCACAUGCCCGAUUGGAGUUCAUUAUUAUAAAUAUUUCUUCUGUUUAUUAACUUACGGGGUUGAUUAUUUUCAUUUUAGUCAUUCUGGCUAUAAUUGAUUUAAAUUGUAUCAUCAUCACUCUAGUUUUAUUGCAAUGUGGCGUUCACUUUAAUCAACACUUCA